AGGUAAUUUCCCCCGAGGUAAUUUUCCCCGCGGCGCAUCCCGCGUCGUGGCGGUCAUCUCGUGCAUGCCAAACGAACAGAGAGCGCAAGCCAUCGGGAAAACGCCACGUGUCAAGUCUGCUUCAUCCAUCGUCCGCCAUGACGACGCUGAUAAAUAGCACACGUGUCAUUCUCUGACAGGUGCCACUUCGUCUCAUCCCCAUUGCCACACAGGUUGGUCCCAGAAGCCGUCACGUCCGUCACACACGUGCGAGGUGGAUGCCACAGUCAAGAUUGGCGCGCACGGAGAGUAGUUAGUUGACGGUGUGGCGUUGAGUUCCGACUCGCUGGGAAGCGCGGGGCUAUCCUGACACCGGUCGGGACAAUGGCAACUGCCAUGGUGCCGCAGUGUCUGGCUGGGGUGCAUGCGUCAUCAGCGACGUGUCCAUCUGAUUCGCCGUUGUCAUCGCGGAGCGCGACUCAGCGACGUGUCGUCAGCCGCUGUGUGGUGUCUGUGGAAUUUGGAGACAGAGAGACCGAGAGCGACUCCUACGCCUGCUCGUCGUCUUCGUCCUCUUUGCUGCAAUCGGUGCCAUGGUGGAGGAAUGCCGGAAGCUCGCGUCAGUUGGCUAUGGCGUCGGGGGCGAUGAUCGGCGCAAUCUCGAGCUUCGUGGAAGAGAAGGAGGCGGCGGCGGCGGAGGAGGAGGAGGACGAGGGGGAGGAGGAAGGGGGGGGGAAGGGAGAGGACUUGCGCUCAGCACAGCAGAAGGGAAGCGUAUCGAGGCGCGGAGCUGGUCUCCGGGUUUCUGCCAUGUGUCUUUCUCUGCUGUGGCAAGGGAAUACGAAAGCCGCGAAAGCCGGCCCCAACACGUCGCCCAGUGUCGGGACAUACCUUCCUUCGGCCGGGGUAGGAGAUCUUGUCGUCUUCCGGCCGUCGAAGACGGAAACUCCCGCUAUAAGAGCAGGCAAUGUGGCCCCAUACCAGUUCUUUCUGCCCCCCACGUGGAGGCAACUAAGAGUAGCGAACAUCCAGUCCGGCAACUACUGCCAGCCCAAGUGCGCAGAACCAUGGGUGGAAGUGAAAUUUGAAGACCCAAAGCAGGGCCUCUUACAGGUUGUGGCCGCCCCCCUGGUCCGGCUUACAAAUAAACCAGGUGUAACCAUCGAUGAAAUAGGGUCCCCUGAGAAAGUGAUUGCAGCCUUGGGCCCCUUUGUGACAGGAAAUAGCUUUGACCCAGAUGAGGUUCUGGACAUUGGGAUGAAGGAGAGCGGAUUUCAGAAGUACUACACGUACACUCUGGAGACGCCAUUCGCACUUACAGGCCUGCAUAACUUAGCCGUUGCUACUGCGAAGGGUAAUACUGUGCUGCUGAUGGUCGUAAGCGCGAGUCAGAAACAGUGGGAACAACACGAAGCCUUGCUGAGGGAGGUGGCUGAUUCCUUCUCUGUGUAAACCCGAUAUCAGAUUAUUAGAUAUAAAAUAUUAUAUAUAUAUAUUAGGGUUCAGCCUCCUGAUGAGUCGGUGAAACCCCGAUGAAAUAGUUUGCCACAGCCCCUCGUUUGUUGUCCUCUUCUCCCUUUCUGCCUACGGUUUACCGGACAGCUCUGUUUGACUGUAUAUAUAUAUAUAUAUGUCACAGCCCCUCGUUUGUUGUCCUCUUCUCUCUCUCUGCCUACGGUUUACCGGGCAGUUCUGUUUGCAUUGACAAAUUAUAGCGCUACAGAGAUAGAUAGAUAGAUAGGGGGAAGGAAAGGGAAUUCUAUUCAUGGCGGUGUUUCAAGGAUAGGGUGGGAAAGUUCGACCCCAUGAUAUCAGACAACAGCCACUGUACUCUGUCCAACUGACAUUAAAUAUAAAUUAAAAACCAUAAAAUUUAAUUAUUAUUAUUAUUAUUUUUUCCUAAUAAUUUGCUAUAGUAAUUGGUAUAACUUAGGUAGCUAAUGUUAAACCACCAAUACACCCGCACCUAAAAUCCCGAAC